AUGAUUUUAAAAGUGGGAGUUGGAAUAUUAUUGUGUUUGGGUUACAUUUCAGCAUGGCCAAAAGGAUCUCGUAGACUUAAAAAUCAACCUUGCAUAGCUAUGUGGCCACGUCAUCGUAACUUUCUGCCACAGAACACAACCAGUCCUUUCACUAUCAAAGUUUCAACACCUAAAAUUCGUCAGGGAGAAGUUUUAACAGUGUUCAUUGAAGAUCCAUCGGGAAAGAACAUGUUGAAAGGAUUUACGUUAGAAGCGAAAGAUUUAAAGCCUUCAAACUUCACAGUUGGAUCUUUCCUUAAAGCUCCUGACGUGAAAGUCGUUGAGUGCAAAUGGAACUCGUCGGCUGUGACUCAAAAUAGUUCGAAGCCAAGGAAGAGAGUUGAACUGAAAUGGAAAGCGCCAUCAGAUCUGCUAGGAAAUAUUCAAUUUUAGCGCAACAGUAAUGACAAACUUCCAUACUUUCUGGAUUGACGUUAAAUCAAA